GCAAGAAUACCUUGAUCGUUUCCAAACCAGAAAAUUCAAUUAUAUCACUGGACGCUUAGAACCUUACUUUCCUGGUUAUAUAAGAGCUGCUCGUUUGAUAUUAUCUAUUUCUAUGUGUACUUUCAUGAUCGUUUUAGUUCUCGCAGCAGGUUUGAGUAUAAAUACGUUGAAGAUGACCUUAAAGUCAUCCCUUAUGGAUGUGGCAUAUUUUAAACACCACUCCAAAACGAUAUCGAUGUGUUUUGGUUGCAUCCUUCAAGUAAUUUUUAUCAAAAUAUUUGGAUCGAUUUAUGGAAAACUUUCUAUUUGGCUUACCGACUUUGAAAAUCCCAGAACACAAAAACAGUACGAUAAUUCAGUAUUGUAUAAGAGAUAUUUAUUAUCUUUUGCUAAUAAUUACGCAGCUUUAUUUUAUGUGGCCUUUUUUAGAGGUCGUUUAUCUAGUACACCUGGUACUAUCGUUAGUAUGCCUGUCAUCACAAAAGAUUCUUGUACUCCACUAACUUGCGUCGUAGACUUAUGCACGCUAUUAUUUUUCCUGAUCAUAUUCAAAAGAAUGUUUGGAAAUAUACUGGCACUGAUUUUACCUCCCGCCAAGCAACUUCUCAAACGAACCUUGAAAUUGAAAUAUUGGAAUGAAACUGAAGAUCUACAUGAUUUGCCACAAUACGAAGAAGAAUACAAGCUCUUGCCAACAAAUAGAUAUUUGUUGACCUCCGAAUUUUGUGAGAUGGUAAUUGAAUUUGGGUUUAUAACAUUCUUCGUGGCCUCUUUUCCACUGGGACCCCUUCUUUCUUUAAUAAAAAAUGUAAUAGAAAUGCGACUCGAUGCUCACAAACUCGUUGUAAGAUACAGAAGACCAAUACCAAGAGUUGUAGCAGGCAUCGGAGCAUGGGAUGGAGUUUUGUUAGGACUUACCUACCUUAGCACAGUUACGAACGCUUUUGUAAUUGCCUUCACCAGCGAUUUUGUGGCAAGAGAAGUAUACAGGUAUAAGCAUAAUGGGUCGUUGGUGGGAUUCGUCAACUCAACACUCUCCGAAUAUGCUACGAAGGAUUUUCAUGUAUAUAAUGAACAAGGAUCUGCCCCGGUGGACAUUUGUUAUUACAGAGCAAUGCGCCAACCUCCUACUACAGCAGACAAAUAUGAGUUUACUUCAGACUACUGGAUGGACGUUACAUGGAGACUUAUUUCAAUAUUGAUAUUCGAGCAUAUCGUUUGGGUUGGAAAUGCAAUUCUAUCGUAUGCUAUACCGGAUGUACCAAAGUCUGUCAAAGAUCAACUCAGUAUCGACCGACAACUUGCAAAAGAGGCUAAAAUGAAACUGAUGAAUACAGAAUUUAGGAAAGAUAUUAUGGAAUUUUUGGUCAAUGUGGAAACUCUUGCAUGAAUACAAUUGAGAAAAUAUAUAAGCAAGACUGGAAACUUCCUUUUUGGUGCAGCUUUCUACUGAAAAUUGGAUUUGUAUACAAUGUUUUUUGGGUCUGAUUCAAAUUCAUUUUCGAACUGUUAAUAAAAUAAUUAUACAUA